AUGCUAAUAUCCAUCAACAUCCCAAACAGCAGGGUGAUCCUUCAGUUUCACUGCAGACACGGAAUAACAAAGACCUAUAAUUUGGGGUAUCAGGAAUGUGAAGCAUUGCAGGCCGUGUUCCCAGCUCACCUCUGUCCAAAUGUCCUGAUGGCCCAGUCCAAACUUUUAGGUGACAUCGUGGUGCAUUUUCCGGUUUCUCAAGAAGAGGUCACUCUUUCCAUUUCCUCGUUUAAAGUAACCUCGAAGACCUUUUGAGAGAAAGAAAAUAACUGCAUCAAAGGCAUGACCACCGAGCUGAUGCUGCACCCAGAUGAGUUUGACUAUUUUCAGGUUGGAGAGGAUUCAGCUGUGACCUUCUGCCUCAAAGAACUGAGGGGGUUGCUGUCCUUUGCUGAGUCUUAUGGUCUACCAGUGUUUAGUCAGUUUGGUGUAGCUGGACAGCCUGUAUCCUUCACUGUAAAAGACAUGAUGCUGGAGGCCCAUGUUGUGUUGUCCACUUUAACGGAUCUGAUCCUCGAGAGCCCCUCUCAACCUGCACCUGGGGAUGACUGUCCUGUCAACAUCCCAAAGACCUCCACAGCAGAAGUCUCCACAUGUGAAGGCCCUAUGGAGACAGAGGUGUGCAUCGCUGAUGGGGAACAGGUGGCUUCCAGUCAGGGCAGUGAUGUUUUUAAUCCAACUCCUCAUAUGAGGAAGAUGAUUCAGCUUCAAACACCUGGAGAGAUGCUGCCAAGACUCAGACUGGCACCUGAAUCGGCCUUGACUACACCAGUAACACCAGCCACUUUUAAGAUCCGCUCACUGCUCUUUGGGGCAGUAUACAGCGAUGGAGGGAACGGGAAGACUGCGGAUUUGCCCAGUCUGGUCUGUGUCAGUGACUCAGAGGAGGACGGAAGAACAGAGGAGUGACUCGGAUAACAACGUAAGCAGAGCUGAGGAAUGUUAACCUUAACACACAGUUCAGAUGAGUUCGGUCACCAUGGAGAAGAUAAAUCAAAACUUCAAAACAAACAUUCUUGAGGACUGAAGGACUCCGUGUUCUUUAAAAUGCUGCCCGAGAAACGAUCAGUUAUGUAAGACUGCAGCAAUUACUGCUAUUGUACACAUACCUUGCCGCAUUAUCCAGAGAAAGCCUUAUGUUUCGCAUGACUGUUGAAUUGAAAACAUAUGUCAGUUGGAAGCUUGACCAUUCAGAUUGUGUCAGAGUUGAGCUGGACAGCUGUGCAAAACAAAUGAACUUAAUUUCACUCCCCUUUUAGAGGCAUUUUGUCAUUUGAGCUCUUAAUGUGAUGGUUCAGUCAAUCGCUGUUGUAUUAGUUCAUGCUCAUGCUAUCGGGGUCACAUGAUAUACUGGUUUUGUUGACUGCUGACAAACAAAUUUCUCCAGACACUUACCGGUGAUUGUAAUGUGCUCAGUAUUUAAGGAUCUCAUGCCCUUUGUAACAAUUUACACCUCAGUUGAGCAUAAAAUGUAAGAAAACCACAAACUGUUGCAAAUGUAUACAGGGAUGAUGCUUAUAAAAAUGCAAAGAAAUGGAAGCCUUAAAGCUGAAGUGUGUCAUUUUGUCACUUAUUUCUCUUCAGGAGAACAAUCUACCAAUGGUUCAUAUAUAGAUGAUUUAAACAUUUCUGCUUUAAAGGAAUUGUUAAUCCAAAAAUGAUUUGCUUAA